AGCACAUGGGCCAUGUGGAACAAGAUGGCGUUAUCAUCUCGUUUGUUUUUGUGCAGUCGUUUUGCCCGAAGUGCAGGCGCUGUCCUACUCAUUAAUAAACAACCGACAGUUCUGAACACUUGCAGAUGUUAUGUUGCUGUUAGCUACCGAAAUCAGUUGCAGUUCAAACUGGAUGAGCGUACAGCCCACAGCAGUCUUGAUCUCUUCAAGAAAGACACAGGUGUGAUUUACCGGAUGCUGGGCCUAGACCCAAGCCAUGUCCAGGAUUCUCCUCUGCGCUUUCGGGACUGGGCUGUUGUGUUUGCCGACAGCCAUGUUGACUCUGGACAUCACUACUGGGAAGUCACGGUGAAAAAGUCGCAGGAGUUUCGCAUUGGCGUUGCAGAAGCGGCGAUGUCUCGUGAAGAGUGCAUUGGCACGAAUUUGUCCUCGUGGGUCUUCUCCUAUGUGCACAGUAAGUGGUAUGCCAUGACCACCAACAAGCAGGUGCCUGUGUCGCUGGUGGGGAAGCCAGAUCGAGUGGGGUUGCUUGUAGACUUUGAGGCUGGCAAGCUCAGUUUAGUAGAUCCCCAGACUGAAAAGGUGGUGCACUCGAUAAAGACUUAUUUCCCCUCACCGAUCUGUCCAGCUUUUGCACUGUGGGAUGGUGAAAUACUCACACACUCUGGGUUGGAGGUGCCAUCAGGGCUUAAUUAGGGUUUACACAUGCGUAUUUCAACUUUUUUUUUUGAUAAGCAGCAAUAAACAAAGUCUGUGUCCCAAGUGAAAGCAGAACCUCGUGUCCCUGGAAUAUUCAGUUUACUUGGAGACUAAGCAGAGCGUUUAGCCAAAUCUCCAAAUCAACCUUGUUGGGAUAAAAAUACUGAUGAACCAUAUGACGGACUGCAUAUAAACAAAACAUUAUUUGACACAUUAAUACAUGUAACAUGUAUCAACAUUUAUAUGCUGUUAUAUGAUUGGUUCAACAAAACUCUUGCGUCUUCUACUGAUUCCAAAAGAUAAACAUAUGGCAAUGUACAUGCUAUGUCUUUAUUCAUGUGAUCUCUGUGUGCAUUUUCAUGAUUUGUGUUCAAUAAAAGAGACUGUAUAGCAGUGA